GUCGACUGUCAAACUUAUGCCAUCAUCGAAUUUGUAUGUUGUCGAUUGGUACGAUGCUUACAUUCGACAAUAUAUUUACAUGGCAUAUUAUGAAAACGUGACCAAUCUUUUCCUAUUUUAAACAUUCAAAUGGAGAAUUUGGAAGCUGUUAAUUACACCAAAGAAUAGUGGAAAACAUUAUAAAUAACACUUUCGUGUAAGAUAAAAAUGUCGAAGAAUGGCGAGGUGUCAUCAAACCAAGGCCCGAGUAGACCAACUAUGCCGAAGCCUGACUUGAAUUUAUUUGGAUUGGAGAAGCGCAAAGGUUUGAACCUUCAGAUAGCCGGAGGUCCAUCGGGGGAUGGUGCAGCAUUUAUGCCAUUUCCUGCAAACCCGCCUCCUGUACAGAGACCUCGAGUUCCAUCUCGUACUAUAAGAGAUGUAUUGCCUGAAAACACAAGAGACAGAUGUAGGAUAUAUCCGUCCAUGCAAUCAUCAGGCAAAUUGCAAUUGUCUGCUACAGAGGUCUAUGAUUUCACAUCUGAUGAUCUGCAGGAUCUUGGUGAAAUAGGUAGGGGUGCAUUUGGAGCUGUAAACAAAAUGGUCCAUAGAAAAACAAACCGUGUGAUGGCAGUGAAGCGCAUCCGCUCCACUGUCGAUGAGAAGGAACAGAAGCAACUAUUGAUGGAUCUUGAAGUUGUUAUGAAGAGCAAUGAAUGUGUAUACAUAGUGCAGUUCUAUGGAGCACUAUUUAAAGAGGGAGACUGUUGGAUUUGUAUGGAGUUAAUGGAUACUUCAUUAGACAAAUUUUAUAAGUUUAUAUGUGAAAGGAUGCAGACUCGAAUACCUGAAAAUAUUUUAGCUAAAAUAACACUUGCAACAGUAAAAGCUUUAAAUUAUCUAAAAGAAAAAUUAAAAAUAAUUCACAGGGAUGUGAAACCAUCAAAUAUUUUAUUGGACCGAAGAGGAAAUAUAAAAUUAUGUGAUUUUGGUAUAUCUGGCAAGCUAGUGGACUCAAUAGCACGCACUCGAGAUGCUGGGUGCAGACCGUACAUGGCCCCGGAGCGCAUAGAUCCUGGACGAGCCCGUGGGUAUGAUGUGAGGUCAGAUGUCUGGUCACUUGGCAUUACUCUCAUGGAGGUAGCAACCGGCGCCUUUCCUUACCCACGCUGGGGAUCUGUAUUCGAACAGCUACAACAGGUUGUACAGGGUGACCCACCGAGGCUAACUAACACCAACAAUGCUUUCUCCAACAACUUUGUGAACUUUGUCAAUACUUGCCUCAUCAAAGAAGAAAAUCAGAGACCUAAAUACAACAGGUUAUUGGAACAUCCUUUUAUUAAAGGUAUUGAUCAAAGCAGGGCUGAUGUUGCUGCAUAUGUUUGUGAAAUAUUAGAAGCCAUGGAGCGUAAUGGUGUAAGUCCUUUCACAACAGACCAGCCUGCACAGGCAUGGGUUGAUUAAUUAAUGAUUAUCCAAAACUAUUGUGUGGGAUAUUUGCUUGAUAUAAAUUUAAUAACACCAAUUCACACUUGCAAUAUUUCACCAUACAUUUUUAUAAAUUCAAAUUCUGCUCAAGGAAUAUGUAAAAUGGUUUGUUAAGGAGAUACUAAAUUGUAACAAUUCCUACUACACUCGUCAAUCCAUUUUGAUUUUCUUUUAAAACAAUCAUUAUCAAAAGGAAUGCAUGAGAGCGUACAAUCCUUGAAAAUUUUGUGUAACCUGUUCACAAAUGCCUAGCUAGAAUAUUCUCAUUUUUAUAAAUCUUGUAACUGAAUAUGAAAUGUACUAUUUCUGGUACUGCAGCCACUGUUAUCUAAUACUAUUUUUUCAUUGAACUUCCCUUUUCUCAUAUUUACGAGUUUUAAAGAGUUUGGAGCUGUUCCAUAAAAAAAACGAUUGUUUCAGAAGUUACAAAAUCUCGUUGAACAGUCUUAAAUUGGUUGACGUUCCUAAAUUGAGUUUUCAGUCUUACUAUUUCUAUACUUAUAGAAAUAUAUUCUUAGAAUAACAAACUUUAUACACUGCAAUAUACUUAACAAAAUAAAUGAGAGAGAACAUGCAUUCAAUAUUUACUAUAAGAGAGCUUAAUUGCUGCCUUAUUUAAUAUUGUCAUGUUAUUUGUAAGUUUACUAGGAUUUCCAUACAGUGUAGUGUCUUCUUAACAAAAAGCUUUAAAAAUUUUAAAGUAUUAGUCACUUUCAGGUGAUUUUGUUAUUUUAAUCUAUAACAAGCCAUCACAGGCAUAUAAGAGGAUUAAAAGCUGAAUGUGACUAAUAUAAUAGGCACCAAAUCAGUUACUGAGUAGUACAUUAGGGCAACUAGGAAAAUUGUUAAUUGAUUUAUCAUAAAUAAAAUGUGAUUGUGUUUUUUAGAAGUGUAACAAACUAUGAUAAUAUUAACUUUGAAAUUUUGUAUACUAUAAAUAUUGUUAAUGCCAUGAAUGCAGAAGCUUUUAACAAAAACCAAGGUGCAAUAAUCAGUAUUGCUAUUAUUCAUAUAAAACUGGAAAGCUUUGAAAUUAUCAAUAAAUUCUUGAAUUAAUAAUAACAGAAGAAGCACCACACAACUUUUGUAUUUUCAGUAUUCAUGGUAGGGACAAACUUCUAAAUAAACAUUCUUUAUUGUACUUAGGUACACAUGUUCACUUAAUGCAAGGGCACAUCACGUAAGGACGGCCGAUUAGUUACAACAUGUGUGUUAUUAUAUAUUUUCUUUUGUUUGCAAUAUUGAACAAUUUAUUUAGCAAGCCAUAAUGUUAGAAUUAUUUAAACCUGACUAGCCGAUUUAGGUACAAAUGUAAUGCGGGAUGUUGGUGGUGACAAUAAUUUCUCCAGAUAAUUUUACAGAUGAUAAUAGUAUGUAGAUAAGAGAUAAAACUUGAUAGAAAUUCAAGUUUCAUAACUUUAGUACUUACUCGAUUUCAUAUAUAAAGCAAGUUUAUGUAAUUUACAUCUACUUAUUGCCACUAACAGAAAUCUGCUUCUCAGCAUUUAAGCUUUUAUGUUAAACUCAGAAGCAAGAGUAAUACAUAAAAUAACUACACAUAUUAAGACAAAUGAUAUGGUGAUUUAUUACAUGUUAUACAUGUAUUUGCUUAUUGUUUCUCUGCAUUUUCAAGUCAGUAUGAUUUUAAAUUGAAUAUUAGUACAGCUUAAUUCCUAUAAAUGUAUCCGUUUUACUACUGGCAACUAAAUAUAGGCAAAUGGAAAAAAAUCUGUCAUAAUGCUAAGCCAAUCUUUGGCUACUUUAUCAAACAGUGGAAACUGAUUAUUAAUGACAUUGAUUUAAAGUUCAUGUUCAAUCUUAAUUUGCUAACAUUUUACCAAAUAGUUGUUUUAUUGUUAUGAAUUAUUUAAAUGUUCAAGAAAUCAAACUUUUCUGGCUUAGAUAACUGUUAAAAUGUUGUACAAUAAUUUCAAUAUACUUCUUUGGUUGGCUGACUAAAAUGUUUGGGUUAGGAAAUGAAUUACAUGUAAGUGAUUUUAUAAAUUUGUAUAUACCAACUAAAUAAUUAUUAUAAAUUUUAUGAUUGUAUGUUAUUGUUAACCAUAGUUGGGUCAGAUAUUGCCUUCAGGUUUGAUAAAUAAUUAUGUUUCAUCAUAAGUUGUUGCUUUUCUGCUUGAUAAUAAUCUAUGCUUCAUCUCUCGAGUUGAAAUCAAUUUUUAUUUACUUUGACUGCCAAAAAUCAUUGGCUUGUGUUAUUUUCGUUUAAUUCAUGGUAAGCUGUCUACCCUUUAGCAUUGAAUAAUGAUUUUAUUCACUAUGUUAGGUACACAUGAAUGAGAAUUGUUUUAAAAUUAAAGAUAAAAAGUCACUUGCAAAUUGUUUUAACAGUGUAUUUAAUCUAAAUUCACCUAUUUAUAAGAUGUGGUUCUCAAUACUACUGUAUGUUUAAGAAGUAGAUUGGUAACAGUAUGA